UGUAAACAAAAUAUUGGAGUUUGGAGUGGAUCGGAUCAGUGGACCUCAGUGUGGCGGACACUCUGUUUUUGUUACGUUUUGCUCAAAUUAAUUUAUGUACGAGUGACUUUAAAAAUGGGAGAAAGAUCUUCAGAAGCAGCGGCGAUGGAUCUUGACGCUGCUAAUUUUAAUUCAGAUUUAUACAUACAAACAGUUUUAAAGAAAUGCACGUUAAGAGAAGUGAUGGAAAAAGAAGCUCAUAUCAUAAGAGACACUCAAACCCUGCACUCUGACAUGCAGACUCUUGUCUACGAAAACUACAACAAAUUUAUAUCAGCAAGCGACACUAUAAAAAAGAUGACCAGUGACUUUAAAGAGAUGGAGGCUGAGAUGGAUUUGUUGGCUGCCAACAUGAAUUCCAUCGCAAAUUUUUCUGAUCAGAUCAGCACCACUCUUCAUGACACAAGACAGAAGCUGACUCAGCUUUCGUCAGUACACACCACCCUGCAGAAGGUCCAAUUUCUCUUUCGGCUGCCCCACACCUUGAAGCAGAAUAAGGAGGAAGGGAGCCUGUCGCUCGCUGUGCAGAACUACACGAGAGCAUUGGGAACGCUGAAAAUAUACUCGCAUAAUGUGUCAUUCAGCAGCAUUCAUAAGGAGUGCGACGAAAUCAUGGAGGGCGUUAAAGAUCAGCUUUUUGGCCAGCUUUCGAGCAAGCAGGCAACACCAAAGGAGCUGGGCGAAUGCGUGGAGCUGCUGCUGUCGCUGGGUGAGCCUGCUCCGGUGCUGUGCCUGAAGUUCCUGCAACACGCGAGCGAGCGGCAGAACGAGCAGUUGCAAGGCAUGGAGGAGCACCUGCGCGUUGGCGACCAGGACGUGAUAGAAUUCCUUGACGUUGGAAGCAACGAUUUCCUCAGCGACAUCUGCCUCAAUGUGGCCACCUACAACGAGCUGUUCGCCAAGAAGUGCCAGAUCGAAGAGGGCGACGACCCCAGCGCGCUGCUCGACAAUUUCGUCCACGAGGCUAUGGACAAGUACUUACAACUGGUGAAGCGCAAGGUGGAGGACGAGCAGGCGCCUGGAACUGAAGCCACAGUGCUGGUCAGGGCCCUCGACAGGUUCUACCGCCGUCUGCAGGCUGCUAGUACCCUCUUGCCCGGGCCAAAUUAUUCAAAGUAUGGGAUGGAGGUGGUGGUUCAAGCUGGACACCGUCAGUCGCAAACGCACCUAAAGAACAUGCAGGCACACUUCGUGGAGCUGCUGAGCAAUGUGCGUCAGACGCUUGCCGCGCCAAAGUUGUCCCUGACCGUGGAGGAAGAAAAACGAAACCCUUCCAGCAGCAACCUGCCUGAGCUCCUGAACACGCUUGUUGCAGGAUCUGUAGACAAAAUUAAAAGCUGCCUCCAGGAUUUGAAACUCUUCCUGCAGUCGGACCUGACCUUCAGUCUGAAGCAGGUCUUCCGGUCCAAAUUUUGUUGCAGCGUGCGUGAAGGAUUCGUGGUUGCGUUCAUCAAAUUUCUGAUGGACACUGCCACUGGUUUUUGCGUGCCGCAGACGCCGCCAACACUGCUGCUUCUUUUGUCUAAAAUGUGUCUGGAGAUGGAAUCUAGCACCGUUAAUUUUUUGUUGAGUCAAACCGACGAAGAAUUUUGCGUGGAGGACUCAGCAAAGGGGACGACGAGACUGGUACUAUGCAAACAGCUGCACGAGUCAGCUCAGAAGCUGCUGGACUAUUUUGUGCGGACGCAGGGGCUCAAUUUAUCGCAGAUGCUGCGAAAGUCUGUCGAAACAAGGGACUGGCUCUGCACCCCAGAGCCCCGCACCGUGCGCGCAGUCAUGAAGAGGGUCGUGGAGGACGUGGCCGCCAUCGAGGUGCAGGUUGGCUCGCUCUACGAACAGGGCAUCCAGCAAGAGAGGAGCUCUGACUCGAGCAGGAGAACUCAAAGAAAGAGGACCAACUGGUAUGCUCCCAGUCAAAUAGAUUCAACACUCGCCAGCAACUUGCAAAAACUCUUUUCUGAGCGGAUUGAGAUUUUCUCUUGUGUGGAUUUUUCGACUGUCUCAAUAAUGACAGGCAUCAUUAAAAUAAGUCUGAAGACGCUUCUUGAGUGCGUUCGCCUGAGGACCUUCGGCAAAUUUGGUCUGCAGCAAAUCCAGGUAGACACUCACUACCUCCAGAUGUACCUAUGGCGCUUUGUAGAGAAUGAAAAUUUGGUUCACUUCCUGCUGGACGAAAUUCUUGGCAGCACGGUGCACAGGUGUCUCGACCCUGUGCUAAUGGAGCCAAGCGUGGUUGAGAUGAUCUGUGAGAGAGGCUAGUCCAUCCAUUCCACAUAAAUGUUAAUUUAAAAUUAUGUUGUAUAUUUUGAUCAUUAAAUAAAACAGGAUUUUUCGUUUUUUGACUUA